GCGCCGCGCCAGCAAGUCCAAACAGCUCACCUUGACGAACAAAUUCAACUCUUUCCAUUGAUUGUUGGAAGAAAGACACCCACUGACGUUGAGGUCCUCCUGAAGAUCCUCCUUGCACAUCACCCACAAGCAUCGCCGCGCAAACGAUCCCGAGCCCAUCAUGAUUUCCGACAACGAUCUCUACCGCCUUGCGAUUUUCCUUGGCUCCGCCGCCAUGGUUCUCAUUAUCUUCUACCACUAUGUAGAAGUCAACAAUGA